AUGCGUCAAAUCCUGGCUGUUGCGUUUUUCGUAGCAUUAGCUAAAGCAGACCAAGAUCAGGAACCAGCAGCUGCUGCGAACCCACAUCGUAUACAUCAUGAUGAAUAUUCCACUGAACAACACCCUGAUGGAGAACCACUUCCAGGCCCUCCCGUACUGCGUUCCACCCACUCUCAUCACUUUGCUAAACACAAUGAUAAUGGACCUGAUGUAAAUCGCCAAAAUGUAAUUAUUCGAAGAACGUAUGAUCCUGAUUACUAUGAGCCAACGAUAAUUUUGGACUACAGAUAUAUGAAAACUGGAGGUCGUGACUACACUCGUGGUCCGGGUGGACAGUAUCUUAUUCUUCCUAAAGGUAUUCACUUGAAGGAACAGAAUGAGUUCGAAAAUUACGACGCUCUUUUAGAACACCUACGCCUGAAAAAUCUCGCCGAGACUGAGUACAAACGUGCUCAUUAUCACUGA